AACAAGAUAAACCAGUAAGAUCUCGAUUUCCAAAAAGGAAAAUAAAAACAUAUGGUAUUGAUGAUUUGUGGGCUGCAGAUUUAGUUAUAAUGAGAAAUUAUGGUGAUGAAAAUUCAGGUUAUUUAUAUAUGUUGAAUGUUAUAGAUACUUUUUCAAAAUUUGCUUGUGCCAAAUCUCUUUUAAAAAAAGAUGGGAAAAAUGUCACUAUAGGUUUUGAAGAAAUAAUAAAAAGAGCUAAACUACAGAAACAAAAUUCAUGA